CGUACCUUCCUUCCCUUCCCAGGUUGCUUCUGAGCUCAUAGAGCUGUACAAUAUCGAGGACCACGAUACCAUUGAUGAUACCAUUCUGAUCCUGCGCUGCUCGAAAGAAUGAAGUAGAUGAAACAAUUGACAAAUAGGACGCGAAAUGACGUGCUCAUGAUAAGGCGACCAGGACCAGAAGGCAUCCAGCAAAACGUGCGUGCAAGCGAAACGCGGGUAGACGAGUGAUAAUAUCCAAUGAGAUUUAGAUCUCAAAUUGACUUCGGCCAAUCGGAGUCGAUAUGACCCUACAAAUGUGACGUCCAGCUAUAGCAUAAACCAAGCAUGAAUCUGGGAGCCAGCCAGAAGUGCUAAAAUGUAUUUCGUCUCCAACAAAGGUUUAAAAAAAGUAAUUGUUUAAAAGAUAUUUAAAAUGUUGUCUAGCUUUACUUCAAGAAAAACGCCUAGUUCCUUGAUAAUAAUUGAAGAUAAUGCUGAUCAGCCUUCAUCGUAUUUAUUUCAAACCUUCAUUCAUAAUGCUUCUCUACAACAAUUAAAAGUGCAUGUUAUAUGCUUUGAGAAUCCUGUUGAGAAAUGGACCCGAAUAUUAAACUCAAAUGUGAAUAUUCAUGACUGUUUUUCAGAUCACAGAGGUUGGAAUAAUGUUAAUGAAGAGAAUGAUCUUCAAGGUGUUUAUCAAGAAAAAGGACUUCUAGGAGUUGUUCAAGAACUUCUUAAUCAUGGGGAUGGGAAACCAUCUGUAGUGUGCAUAGAUUCCUUGACCCCAGUUCUUUUCAGACAUGGGUUAAACAAGUGUUAUCGUGAUUUACAUGCUCUCUUGUCAAUAGCACGAAAAGAUGAGGAAAAACUGAACCAACUUGUUGCUGUUAUUCAUGAAGAUGCAGUACCUGAGAGAUGGGAUACCCUUGAGCAGAUGCGACAUCUUGCUACUACAGUGUUUCAGAUACAGUUGGCCUCAUCUCCUAAUUCAUCUGGAUGGGGCUUGCUCCGUGUCACACAUCGGAAAGCAGGAGGAAAAAUUGUUAAACAGAAGAAAAAUCAACAGUUGGAAGCUUCAGAAGAAGUGGAUCCCACUGUGGCUGUGCAAAACUUGACUACUUUUAAACUUACUCUGAACCCACAGGAGGAGGAAGCAAGGAGUCAGUUGAUUCUUCCUUAUACAAGACAAGGGAGACCCAAAGGGCAAUCAGGAGGAGGGAAGGUCUUUUAUGAACCUGAUGCAGCUGAUGAUUGGGAUGAUGAAGACCCAGAUGAUGAUUUAGAUGUGUAAAUUUUGUUUAAUUUCAAAAAAGAUGCAAAUAAAACUAAAGUAGGUGUUACGAACAAUUCAGCAAGAAUUCACUUGACAAUGUUGAAAAGUGUGUUUCGAAGAAAGACUUGGAAGGUGGACAGUUUUUUUAAUAAAGAGCAUUGUUUAAAAGCGUUUGGUGCCUUAUUAAAAAAAAAGGUGUAGUAACAUUGGCCUAAUUAUAAAAGUUUCUAUACUGUACAAGAAUUUUUGUUUGUGUUUCUCAUUUUCUGAACUGUUUUUGAAUUCACUAGUUGAAUAACGAGGGAAUGAAGAUGGUACAAGAAAAUUGAAAGCUACAUCAAUUUAUUUGCCAGGAUUUAUCUAUUUGAUUCUUUCUGAUUCUGAAUGUAACAACUCAAGAUGGAUCAUUUGCAUAUACCAUAUUCUGUCUUGGUACUAAAGUACCAAAAUACGAAACUCACUUCUUUUUAGUUCUCCAAGACUGAUGUAUUAUUUUUUUUUCUUUUCUUUUCUUUUUUUUUCCCCCCAGUGAUGCUUAUAGUUAAAAUGUAUUAUUGCAAGAAUUAUAAAUCUGUACAUCUGAACAAAAAUUAUAAAUCUGUGAUAAUGUGUGAAUAAAGUUAACAUUAUUUAUUAACUUCAUGUUGGUAAUUUAUUUCUCUGAGGGGAAAAAUCCUAUCUCUUUUGGAAAUGAAUGUAGGCUGAUUGUGUAAUUAAGACCUUUGAGG